GCCUUUUGAUUAACAGCACUUAACAGCGCAGCUUCAUCAAAAAAAGCACAAUUUUGAAAUAAUCAAAUAUAUCACACAAUAAAUGCUGGCAAAAUGCUCUCCAACCUGCUGGUGACCAAACAAAAAGUGGUCCUCGUGAUAGAUGAGCUAAAUCGGGAGCGCAUUGCCCCCAAGUUCAUCGGCAGUUUGCUGCACGAACAGGGACAGGGUGCGGAAACCAUCAAGACCCUGCCCACUGGGGUCACUCUGAAGCACGUGGCCACCUUCGAGGCGCUUAUCACCGAGUGCUCCAACGGCAACAACAACAAUAACAACACCACUCCUCAGGCGGGAGAAGCCGAUCCGGGUUCUCCGAGCUCCAAAUCCACCUCCUCCCCCGGCUUCAAUGUCAUUCUGCCCACUUUGGCCGAUCUGCUGUGCUACCAGUCGCCCGCCUUCAUCUUUGGCUUCCUGAAUCGUCUGCGUCGCUCGGAGCAUGUGCGUCGCGUGUUCCUUUGGGCCUCCCCGCAGCACCUGCAGCAUCCCCAUGCCGCCUACAUCCUGGCCGGCUGCGAGUACCUGGCCGAGUUGGUCCUUCGCCUGGAGACGGACAAGCAGCUCUCCCUCAUAUCACGGAAACCAGGUGGCGGGGUGUCCAACCGGCGUUUCGCCUGUCAGGUCAGCAAAACCCAGUUCCAGGUGACCCCAAUCGACGGCGGACUUCCGGCUAGUGUCUCACCCAACAAACAGGCUUCACCAGAGGUGGAGCAACAGACUCCAGAGCCCGCAAGCAGCACCUUCAAAAUCGAGCUGGACGAGGAUGAGGUGGUGGCCCGCAAUGCACUCACCCUGCCAUAUGAACGCACCAGCGAGCCGUCCGAAGGCAACAUUAUAUACACGCCCGAUGCCGACGACGACUUCGACGAGGAGGAUCCGGACGAGGAUCUGUGCAUCUAGGCUGCCCGCCAGCAGCGAACGGCAGUACAAAUAGCCUUGGCUUUAAGUCUACUUAAGUCUAACCUACUAAAUACAUCAAAUACCUGGAAUUCCGGCCCCAAAGUUCCGCCAAGGGGUGUGUUUUAUCUCCGAAAAUCAAAAACAAAAACAAGGAGCAAGCUGAAUGAAUCUUUGAAACGACCACACUUUAGUACACAUGUAGAAUUGCUCAUUUAUUUUGGAUAACUUGAUAUGUGAAUCAAAAAAUCGAAGAAACUCUGUGAAUGUA